ACAUCAACGCCACUGAGGCGAUCCGUGAACAACCGACAAUUUCUUCUAGAUUGAUGACACGAGCUCAUGACUUCAGUCGCAAAUCGGUAGUGAAAAGAAUCACCCGGUGCUCUAAUCCCUCCAACAGUGAACGGAAGACUUGAUUAACUUUUGUGAAUCGUUGAAAAGCGAGAUGCAUAUUCGGCAACUUCUUCUCGUGGCAACAUGCCUACUCAUGGCGGUGGUCUUUGCUAAUGCACAAGAUUUGAAAUCUAGUCCCAACGAACAAGGGGUGCGGAGGGUUCGAAAGUUCAGGAAACCAUUGAUGGAAAGCCGAUCAGGAGGACCGGGAAUGCGAAUUCGUCGAAGAAAGAUGCGACCCAGGCCUCAAUUAGUCAAAGAGUCAGAUUUGAGUGUGGAGGCCAAAACUGAAUCAAAUGUGAUCGAAACGAGUGACGCGCCAUUGCUCAAGAAGAAGAUGAAGGUUCGCAGGAAAAAGUUGCCCGAACUGAAACUGUUUCAAACCGAACAUCAACAUUUGAUCCCGUCUGCAACUACUCCACCACCAACAUUUCGACAGAGUCCCCCAGUUGUCGUCGAAAAAGACGAUGGACAACCCAACAACCGGAGCAAGGAUGAGUCGAGAUUUUUGUCCCUCUUCACCAUUGUGAGUUUCCAAAACGAUCCUUGCACAUCUGGAAGUGGCAAUAACGGCACGUGCUACAGUUCUUCGGAUUGUGCUCGUUUGGGCGGAUCCUCGUCCGGAUCAUGCGCAUCAGGUUUCGGGGUCUGCUGUCUAUUUACCAAGACAUGUGGCGAAAGCACCAGCAACAAUUGCACAUACUUCCAAAACAACGGCUACCCGUCCACUUUUGACAAUGUCGGAUCCUGUCAGCUUACCGUGAACAAGGCCAAUAGCAAUGUGUGCCAAUUGCGACUAGAUUACGAUAACCUCGUUUUGGCUCAACCUGAAGCAACCGACCACGUUUGCCAGGACGACCAAUUUAUCAUCUCAGGAGGAGCCCCCAUCCCAGCCAUUUGUGGAACCAACACGGGCACUCAUAUGUAUGUGGAUAUGGGAUUGGCCUCGAGUUCACCCGUGGUUCUGACAGCGGUUACAAGUGGUGCUUCAUUUGCUCGUAGUUUCUCCGUCAAAGUUACUCAGAUUGAAUGCAACUCGCUGGUUCGAGCCCCCGAUGGUUGCUUGCAAUAUUUCACAGGCGUGAGUGGGCAAAUCUUGAGUUUCAAUUACAACUCAGGCAGCGGCUUGCAACUCUCUAACACGGAUUAUUCAGUCUGCGUCCGCAUGGAACGUAACUUCUGCGGCAUCCAAUACAAUGCAUGCACUGACACUGUCAACACUCCGGCCAUGUCCUUCAGCAUCACAGGUGGCAACCCCGCCCUCGGAUCUGUCGUAGGAACGUCAUGCAACACUGAUUGGAUUACGAUCCCUUGCGCCACCAAUAGUAACUCGCCAACCCAAACAGGAACCCCCUCAAUUUGUGUGGACCGGAUAUGCGGGAUGGUUUUCAACUCUGUAACCACGGCAGCAGGAAGUCCGUCGGUCCCCGUCAAUAGUUUCUCCAAACCAUUCUUGGUCCGCAUUCACACAGAUGGCGGCGAGGGCACGCCCAAUCCCGCCGACACAUCCAACCGGGGCUUCUGUCUGAACUACAUCCAACAACCUUGUACUUCUUCUGUGGGCUAGCCCGGAGUCUUCAGUUUGGGUGUUGUUUCCCGAAAAUCCUUCAGCAUUUGUCUUUGACCAACUAUAACCAUGUUUUCGUUACCCUAUGAACAUUUCAGGAUCUCAACGAAAUCUCCACUUUCAUUCCAUUUAUUUAUAAUAGUCUUCCUGAACUACCUAGUCAUGCUUAAAUGGACCACUCCCUAUGGGCAAUAAGUUUUCGCUACAAUGUAGCUCUGAAAUAAAGCAGAAAGAUUUGAUCAUUAUUUUCAAAUGCUUCUUACAAAUAGACCUGAUGAACUUCAUUUAACAAACAUGCCACGAGCAAGAAGUUCAGUUGGCUCUGAUAUGUAAAAUCAUGACCGUGAUUUUGCUUAUUACACU